AUGUCUGCAAACACCUCAAUGCACCGUACAGUAUCUGCUCCAUUACUGUUAAGCGAAAUCAAUCACCGGGAGGCUCUAGCAACGGGCUCAACGGCGUCGUAUAUACCACCCGACAUCGACUUCAACAAACUUGAAAGAGGCGAUUUGGUGUUCGAUCAAAGAUUCAGUGACGAGAGAGGGCCAGUUCUUAGCGGACGCCAGACUGCAGAUUACAAUUCUAUACUACGGGAACAGUCGGCGCCCGCCGGGCCUCUGAAUUCAAGUUCACCGCCUGUUCAAUUACCCAGGAGUCCCUCGUAUUUUGGGCCUCCUAGCAAUGGAAACCAAGAGGCUAAUGGAAAUGUCGGCUCCUAUGUGUCCCCAGUCGCUACCUGGCUCUGGAGCCUAUACUAUAGCAAUAGAAUGCUUUUUUACUGCUUUCUGGGCCUCAUCAUCGUUGUCUCAACUUUCUACACCGCAUUUACCGGCGAAGGUUCAAAGUACUACGUCAUCAUUCUUAAGGCUUCAGCUUGCUACGUGUUUGGUACCAACAGAGCUGAAACUCUUUUUGGCCCAGGAUUUUGUGAGUUUGGAGACCAAUGUGGUGAGCACAGAUCACAACGUUCACUUUGA